ACCCCUCUCCGCCCGUGCCUGCCUCCCUGCCCGCGCCGAGCCUCGGGCGUCCACAGCGCGCCCGCCGCCCGUGCAGCCAGCGCCACCUUUGGCUGCGCCGCGCACCCUGCCUCCUCCCUUUCCGCCGUCGCCGCCGCCGUCGGACACGCAGCCGCAGGCCGGGGCCGGGCAGCAGCUGGGGAGUCAGGGGCGCGCGCAGCCAGCCCUUCCCCCUCCGGCUCCCGCACCGCCCGCCGCCUCCCCUCGCCCUCCUCCUCUCCCCUCCCUGCUCCUUCGCCGCUUCCUCCUCCUCCUCCUCCUCCUCUCCCGGCCCCAGCUGCCAGCACCAUGUCCGCAGGGGGAGAUUUUGGGAACCCGCUGCGAAAAUUCAAGUUGGUGUUCCUGGGGGAGCAGAGCGUCGGGAAGACGUCCCUGAUCACGAGGUUCAUGUACGACAGCUUCGACAACACAUACCAGGCCACCAUCGGGAUUGACUUUUUGUCAAAAACCAUGUACUUGGAAGACCGUACGGUUCGACUGCAACUCUGGGACACUGCCGGGCAAGAGAGGUUCCGCAGUCUGAUCCCCAGCUACAUCCGAGACUCCACAGUGGCUGUGGUGGUGUAUGACAUCACUAAUCUCAAUUCCUUCCAGCAGACUUCUAAAUGGAUUGAUGACGUCAGGACAGAGAGGGGCAGUGACGUGAUCAUCAUGCUUGUGGGCAACAAGACGGAUCUGGCUGACAAGAGGCAGAUAACCAUCGAGGAAGGGGAACAGCGGGCCAAAGAACUGAGCGUUAUGUUCAUUGAGACCAGCGCGAAGACCGGCUACAACGUGAAGCAGCUCUUCCGACGUGUGGCAUCGGCUCUGCCCGGCAUGGAGAACGUCCAGGAGAAGAGCAAAGAAGGGAUGAUUGACAUCAAGCUGGACAAGGCCCAGGAGCCCCCGGCCAGCGAGGGCGGCUGCUCCUGCUAAUGCAGAGCCCAUUCGGCUUCCUCAACACUUGUUUUGCCUCCUAUCGGUUAGCUUCCUAACGGGGUGGGAAAUGAGUUUAUCAAGACGGGAGGAUCUUUCUUUUCUCUCUCUCUCUCUCUAGGAGUAGGGUGGGACACGGGGGAGGGAGGCUGGGCAUCAGGGACCACGUCACUCUUAACAGCUGUUACCUAAACAACUAUUUUUUGGUUUGGUUGUAAUAUAUUGUACUUUAUUAAGAUUGCCAAAAACUGUUAAAAUUUAAAAAAAAAUUUAAAUCAUGUGUAUACAACUUUUUGCCAGAUAAAAGAAGUAGUCAUUUUUAUUUGAAAGACGUGCUUUUUUUUUGUUUUUGUUUUCAUUUUUGUAUAUUUGUAAACUUACAGAGAACCUCUCCACACACCCCUUCCUUCCUGUUCUCUUGGAACUGUGUGUCACUUCCUCCUUCCUCCCAUCCCCAGCCCAGUAAAUUAAAGCAAUUAACUGAACAAUAGCAAUUAGGUUCCAAUCAAGCCCCCCCACCUAGGCUCCCCAGUCAAAUCAGACUUUAGUUUAACAAAACAGCCUCAAAGGGGGCAUUGUUUAGACCUUCCUUGGCAGAGUGGGACACAGCAGCAGGCCUGAGUGGAAAUGAAGGCCUGUGGACUGUAGCCUCAGCAGCAGGCCCCGAGGCUAAUUUUGCUUCAUCUCCUUCCCUGAAAAAAAAAAUACGGAGACAGAGUGCACAGGCAACCAUGUGGUCUCUGUGCCACAUAGUGAGAGAAGUUGCUGGAAGGAUGGGGUGCUCUUGGCAGCUGAGGGCUGAGCCAGUGCGUGCUUCUCAAUGGUUGUAACCUGCCGGCCCAGCGGUUGACUGACUCGCCAACUCAGUGUGACGCUGGGUGGCACAGGAGCGCUGAAGCCUGAGGCACGUGCCAUCCGUCUGCCUGUGAUUGGGGAAGUAGGGGGGGGGUCUCUGCCCUGAUUCUGACCAAUACAUGUUCUCAGACCGUUGGUUACUGAUCUUGCUGAGUAUUGUUCUGGAAAGGUUGAUUCCUUGAUGUGUUUUCACCUCCUGUCAUGGUACAUUUGAAACCUUUGUGUGAAUACCUUUGGGAGUGUUGUGGCUGCAACCGCAGGCAACUUGGAGUUCCUGUGAGGUUCCCAGAAGGCUGCCCGGAGCACUGCAACCUGCCCCCAGCAAGCUGUCCUUCCUAUUUCUACUCGUUCCCGAGACUGUUUUAGUCUAGAAGACCUUCAAAGUCUCUAACGGAGAGCUCUCCUCAAAGCAAAAUAGCUCACCUUCUAAACACUUCCAGACUCACUGGCCCAGGCCUGCCUAACGACAGACAGGGGCGGUGACCAAAACAUCCCUGCCACCCUAGCACUGGCUCUUCUUCUACACUCCUGAUGGGCAGAGUGAAUGCCCCCCCCGGGGGGGGGAGAACUCCAACAGGGGGGUUGGAAGGAAUUAUGGAACUUCUCAGAAAUGGGUUCAAAAUGGCAGCCUCCAUGGCAGGGCUGAUUUUUGUAAGUGGGUCUGUCAUGCUCCUCCAUCCUGGGAGACGGUGUCAGAGCCAGUUCUGGUGAAGGAGAGAGGAAGCACGGUCCCCUGGGGUACCUCUUCCCAAAGGCAAGGACCAAUGUACGAGUGUAACUGAGACAUCAUGUGUUUAGUUUUUAUAUGUGUGUACAUAAUUAUACAUAGAGAUAGACUUGUGUAUACACCCCCCACACACACACACACACACAUCCUCACAUAUACAUGUGCUCAAUGUAUAUUCUUGUCUCUCCCGCUCUCAAGUUGGAACUUUGCAUUGUGAUUCCAGUUUUGGAAGUUCAAAAGUAUACAGUGUAUUGAAAUAAGAAAUACUCAAUAUUGUCAAAUAACUUGUGGUUGUCUUGCCUUCAAUAAAAUAGUGCAUAGAUGUGUUAAACUACGAGCAAAAAUAGUCCACGGAACUACCUUCACCACUGCUUUAUGUACCUGUGUGCACAGGUGUGCAUGCCUUUGUGGGCCAGUGUCCCCCAGUGUGGGCACCCCACCUCCGUGGUGCUUGUUGGAAGAAGGCGUACCUGCCCCGUGAAAACGGCAGCCUGACUGGCAGUGAGGGCCUUCUCCGGCAGAGCCCCACUGACAGCGCUCUGUACCAGGUCUCACUGAAUGAAUGUAGAAUGGAUUUUCAUCUUCUCAGCACUGAAGAAUACCUUUCUGUAUUCCUAUAACUCGAAGUAGAAACUCGGUUCUCUUCUCUUGUUCACAUAGUCUAAGACAUCACGGUGCCAUGGCAGAUGAAACAACAGGCGCUGUGACAGAUGAAGUCAUUUCCGGUUGCUCUGACCUAAGGAGCUCUGCCUUCCUAGCUUGUACACAAAGCCCCUCUGCCCCAUUGCUCUCUGCCCCCACAGGUGGCCUGGCCUCCUUUUCCUCAGCCAGGCUGCCCAGCUCCUUCCCUAAAGACCUUUAAGGCAGCCAGGCCCCACACAGAGUUGUCCUGGGCUUUCCGCUUGGCCACCACCAUCCUCCUGUUUGUAGGUAGGAUCUGGUCAGGUUCUCUUGAAGAUGUCCUGAAAUUAUCUCAGUUUCCCCAUCUUUGCUGAAUCCAGUUCAGUCAGAGGACAAAAUGGAGGAUUCCUCUUAGGGCAUGAUCUCAACUUAGUAAUUCAGUUCCUCUCCCUGGACACUGGACCUGGCCUGGCAGGUGGACAUGGCCCUCUUCCUUUUCUUUAGGAGUCUUGAAAGAGAGUUGUCAGCAAAACUUCUGUGAGCCCUGCAGAACCAGUCUGAGAUUGAAAAGGCAGGUGGUGUUGCUAAACCCAAUGCACACCAGAAUGCAGGUGUGACAUCAGUGUCCUGAGUGGGGUCAGGGGCUAGAAUGCUUGGUGGCUGGAGUCUCACUGCUGUCAGUCACUGCUCCCUUCCUGUCGCCAUCCUGAAACAUUUUGCAAUAUCCCGAGAUCCGAGGAGAAGCCAUGGUCACAUCAAUUAAAAGUCUCAGGCAACAGAGAUAAUAACGGUUGCAAGGUGGUAGCCAGGCAGGAGUAUAGACACCUGAGCAUGGUCUCUGUUACCCAGUGGCUAACUAAUGUCAGAGCUCUAAUCAGUGCCUGUCCUCCAAUAUCCAGUGUGACAGUAUGGGGACAGCAUCGCUGGCUUCAGCGUCCUGCUGGUAGAACAGUUUAUUCCUUCGCCGUAUGGAAGGAGGAGAGGCUGUCAGGGAAAACUGGGUAGCUGAAGAUGGUGAGAGUUACACGAGAGCCAGCUAGCAGGACUAUGUCUGAAUGUGUCAUGCUCAGGGCUCGAUGCUCACUAGUGUCCAAACUACCUCUCCCCCAAGACUGGGAGGCACCAUCAGCUUGCCACAGCACUGGGAGCCAAGCCCUUCCUGUUUCCCGGGUGGGAGAACCAAAACAAGACAAGGUCCCCUGCAAGCCGGGCAUGAUCAGAACCGGUGUCGGCAUUCUUCAUCCAUCGAUGACCUUGGGGUACAGGCAGGACUCCGUCCUACUGUGCUCGUGUCCCUUAAGCCAUCUCUGCUCCGUGGCUAGCACGCAAGGGUAUUCCCAGCCUGAGAAGCUAAAGAGAAGAUAGGUGCGUUGGGCUCCUCCACCGGAAAGGGUGGUCCCCAAAUCUACUUGCAUUGUCUUGUAUACACACGUGCACACUCACCUAUAGAGCGGCAGCCAGGGCAUCCUUUUGAUUUUUGUUUGAAAUCAACUUCUUCGGUAUUCCAAAAUCUUGCAGUUUCAGUGUGCAAACUUCUUGGACUCCAGACCCCAUCUGAUUGACACUUUCCGCAGGGUACGAUUAUUAGGAGGCCCUUACAGCGGGAGUUCAGAUGGUCCCUCCAGGAGGCAAGAAGCCUCCAUAAGCCUGGAAGGCCAGCCUGCCUAUUUGUGGUGUGUUGAUUACUCACCUCACCUGUUCAUUAAAGUGAGGUACACAGAGGGUGGCAUUUCCAGCUGUAAUGGGCUCAGAAGGCACAGUGGCCAUAUUGACUUUACAUUCAACUGUGUAAUAUGUGGAAAAGACUCAGCAUGUUGGUCAAACAAUAAACUGUCCUAAUUCUCAACACAAA